AUGUUGCCCAUCCAUCCAUAUUCAUUGUCUUCCUCAACCCUGUUUUCUUAUUAUUUCCCUUUGAUUUAUCAUCCUGCUGUCUUUUAUUCUCAUUUUCUCUCUUUUAUGAACUUACAUAUCCCUUUUUUAUCCAUUCUAGCACGUAUUUUUUUCUUUUCUUUUUUUCUUCUUUUUGAAUUCUUACCAUAUCCAUUUUUAUAUCCAUCUUUUGUCUUCCUCAACCCUGUUCUCUUAUUGUCCUUUGUCUUUCACUUCAUUUCAUUCAUUUUUCUCUGUUAUGAGACUUUUCCCUUUUUCUCAUGUUUUCAUGCAUCCUACCGUAGAGCACGUAUUUUUCUUCUUUUCUUUUCUUCUUUUAUGAAUAUCCUUUUGUUUAUACAUCCUGCCGUCAAGCACGUAUUUUUACUUUUUUCUUUUCUUCUUUUUUACCAUAUGUUGCCAUAUCCAUCUUCUGUCUUCCUCAACCCUGUUCUCUUAUUCCCUUUACCAUAUCCAUCUUCUUUCUUUUUUCCAUUAAUUCUUCCUUUAAUUUCUCUUAUUGUCUUUGUCUUCUUUCAUAUUCUCAUUUUCUCUAUAUUUCGCCUCCCUUUUAGAUUUAUACAUCCUGCCUUAAAGCACGUAUUUUCUUUUUUUCUUUCUUUCUUUUAUGAAUUCUUUACCAUAUCCAUGUUGCCAUAUCCAUCUUCUGUCUUUUGUAUCUGUUCUCUUAUUGUCCUUCUUCCUUUCACAUAUUCUUUUUUUCUCUAUUAUGAGACGAUAUUUUUUUUCUUUUCAUUUUCCGUAUUUUAUAUUUUCUUCUUUUUCUUUUCUUCUUUAUUUAUUUCUUUCAUAUCCAUUUGCCAUAUCCAUCUUCUCUCUUCCUCAACCCUUUCUCUUAUUGUCCUUUGUCCUUAUCACAUAUAUGUUUUUUCUCUAGCACGUAUUUUCUUUUUCUUUUUCUUCUUUAUGAAUGCUUACCUUAUCCAUGUUGCCAUAUCCAUCUUCUGUCUUUCUUUUGUUCUCUUAUUGUCCUUUGUCUCCUCACAUAUUCUCAUUUUCUCUAUUAUUUAUCCUUUUUAUAGAUUUUAUACAUCCUGCCGUAGAGCACGUAUUUUCUUCUUUUCUUUCUUCUUUUAUGAAUGCUUUACCAUAUCCUUCAUUGCCAUAUCCAUCUUCUUCUGUCUUCCUCAACCCUGUUCUCUUAUUCUUUCUUUGUCAUCCUUCACAUAUUCUCAUUUUCUCUAUUUGAGACGAUCCCUUUUCUUUUACAUCCUGUCUUAG